AAGAAAAGGGUGUGUUCCAAACUUCCAACUUCCAAAUUCAAAAAGAUGUUGGUGUUGGUUAUCCAUAUUUGAUUUUUAUCUGUCACCACUCACCACUGUAUUGUUUACAAAACAAAAUUAAGAAAGACAGUUCAAAAUCAAAUUAUUCAUGCAAUAAUAAUAUAAAACAGUUGUUGUUGACUUCUUAAAUAUACAAAAUGCGGCACCCUUCCCUAGUGACUUGGAUAAUUUUAGUACCUGUAAUUCUCAAUAAUUAUUUCAAAGUUGAUGCUUUGGAAUGUUACGUUUGUGAAAAUCAAGAAGAUAACACAGAGAAAUGUGUGAAAACUAUAGCAACUUGUGAAUACAAUCAGGAUGUAUGUUUAACGGAAAUUCGUUGGGGAAGUACACCAUAUUGGUCACAGGGAGCCAAGAAACAGUAUUACGUAUCUAAAAGAUGUUCUAAUAAAUCUGAAUGUGCUAUAACUAGGCAACAAAAUAUGCCUUUGUGUACUCAUAUAUGGUAUUUAGAUUGGAAAUGUUCAGACUGUUGUCGGGGAGACAGAUGCAAUUAUUAUAUUAUUAGUGGGGAAUCUGCAAGAAAACCAGCAAUAUUGAUUGUGUUGGGAUCAGCAAUUACUAUAUUCCUUAAGACUUUGAUCAUCUGAUUCAUGACAUGCUUAAUAAUUUAAUUUAAGAUUACAUGACUCCAUGAAAUCUCAUACUGCCUUUUUUAUAAUGCAGUAUUAAAUAUCCGUUCAAAUGUGUAGGAUUUAUACUUGUGCUUUGAAAUUCUCAACAAGAUAGUCACAGUAGUAUAACCUACUAUCCAACCUUGUAUCACAAUCUGAUACUCUUAUUCAUUGCAUGCCAUUAUUCAUUUCUAUUUUACCUAGACACUCCCACUAGCCUAGAGUUCAUUUGACAGUCCGUAACUCAAUUAGAUGCACCUAUUCCUUUGGAGAUCUGUCUCCAUUUGAAAUAUUUUAAUGUAUUUUUAUUUUUGUAUGUUAUACAAACUAAGAUUGUACAAGAACAAUCCAAUAGGAGUUAGUGUAGUGUAUAAUUUAUACUUUAUAAUUAUAUUUAUACUUAUACUUGAUAUUAAGUGGUAUAUUUUUUAAUGGGUAGUAAUGUAAUAAUAAUAAUUAUGUAGUAAUCAUACAUUGACACACUUUUAAUAGUAAAUAUUAUAGCCGUAACUAUUGGCUCUAUUUAAAAUAUAUAUAAAUACCUCAUUUUGUUCAUUUCCAGUACAAAAAACUGAGUGUUUUACAAUCUAUUAUAAAUUUUUUAUAGCCUGACCGUUUUUGGUAAUUGAUAAAUUAUUAUAUAAACUCAUGUGUAUGAAUGUUAGUAUAGCAUUGAAUAAACAUAUUAUUUCUGACAAAGUCCUAAUAAAAAUCAUCUUAUUGUGAGAGAGACAGUAAGAUAUAGGUCUAGUCAAUUGGGAAAAGAAUCAAAAGAAGAUGAGAAAUAGUUUCACACACAACAACCAUACUCUUUGAUUGACAAAGAUUUUGUGUCAUUCAUUCAUUUACAAAAUUUAUGAAUGCAAUACUGCCCUAUGUGUGAGUAUAUUUAGCAAUUAUGAUAGGUGACAUCAUAUUAGAUUAUUUUUCUCCAUUGACUCGGCUUAUAAUUAUUAGCAUUUAGUAGUGUAAAUCCUCUCUGUUUCAAUAACUUAAUAAUUCACCACAUCACCAAACAAAUUAAUUUUUCAUAUUCAUGAUCAACUAUAAGAUAUGGAUUGAUAUAUAGAUAUUUAUUGUAGACAAUAUUAUGUAAUCUACACUUACAUUGAUUUACUGAUUCCAUUUUAUAGCUUUUACUUUUUUACCUAUUCAAAUGGUUAUAUAUAAUAAUAUGUAAUAUCAAGAUAAAUUAAACAUAUUAUUUACAAUUUUAUUAUAGUGACUUUAUAGUUAGUUAUAGCUUGUAAAAAAUGUUUGUUUAAUUACAUUUUAUUGAUUCCGUCCAAGAAAAACUUCUGUAAUUAUAAGUCUGUGUGUUAUUAUAUUGUCUAUGUAUAUUGUGUUCACUUUAUAUGUUUACAUAUUCAUAUUUAUGACAACCCUGCACAUUUAAAUUAAGUUGUCAUUGCUAGUGGUCUACAAUAUUUGUAUUUUGUUAUAUUUUAUUGAUGUCAAUUAAAUUUUACAUAUUCUGUCUAAAAAUGAAAUGUGCAGUUACAAUUUUAAGAUUUAGUUUAAGUUUGUAACACAUUAUUCUAAGAAAAGUUUAGAUAAGUUUUACUAUUUCCGUCCUUAUAUUCCAUCCAUAUUUAUAUUAAAUGUCUACAAAUGGUA